AGGAGAGGAGGAGGAGGUGGAGGCCGAGAAUUUCUCUCUCGUCGUCGUCGUCGUCGUCGUCGUCGUCGUCGUCCUGCGAGAUCUAAAACCUAUAACGAACUAUCCUGCUCGUUCUCGUAUAUUUAUUCGCGCGAGAUAGAACCAAACCGGACGAUUCUUCUCUCUCUGGUACAAACAAGAGAGAGAGAGAGAGAGAGAGAGAGAGAGGAAUAGCGUGUUUUUGUCGUGUGCUCGUGACCUUGAGUUAGAGUUUGCUCUCUUCGGUCUAGCGUUUCGCGUGGUUAUCACGUUGCCUCGUGUCAUCGUUCGCUUCCUUUCCGUAAACUCGUCGAUUGUCUCUCGCCGAGAAUAAAAGAAGAUAGAGGCAAGGAUAGAGGCGCCGGAGGCAGAAAGCAAAAGCGAAAGAAGCGGGAAGCUUCAGGCGGCAAGCGCGGUGAGGUUAACCGCGUACUUCCUCGUGGAGGUAGUCGAAGACAAGCGGCGAAGGAGAUGUGCGGAGUCGUUUGGCCGGGAGCUGCACGGAGCACGUGCCACGCACGCAGAAGGCGCUCCAGGCGACAUCAGGUGCGCUAAUCCGGGACGCAAGAGGGGAAGUAAGAGAGAGAACGUUCAAUCUGUCGUCUCCUUCCCAAUUCCUCUUUCUUCCUUUCUCUCUCUCUCUCUCUCUCCUCCUCCUCCUCCACCUCCUCCUCCUCCUCCUUUCCCUCCCUCUCCUUCCUCCUUCUUCCUUUCUUUUUCAUAUCCGCGCGAAUCUCAAUUUUUCGAUCGUACGAUCCUUCUCCUCCCUCCAAUUCGUCGAUCGGUGAAUCGUUCUCGAGUGUCUCGAGUGUGAACUCAGGAAUGAGUGGGCAAACUUGUCGUUCUGUUGGUGCUCGUAACGUCGAGGAGGAAGCAAGAGGUGACAGGACAGUCCAGAUGAUCCUUGUGCUCGCGGCUAUCGUCACAUUCUUCGGCGUCGAUGGCAUUGGACACGCCGUCGUUGCCGCUUAUCCUGCCGUUGGGCACGUCUCUACCGGCAAAACGGCAUUUCAUCAAGAAUCAUUAAGCCCAAAUAUCGGGCCAAUCAUCGUCGCUCCCGUUGGAAAUCAAACCGCUGCGGUCGGUCGAGAAGUAGUUUUCUCCUGCAGCGUUCGAAACAUCGGAAAGUUCAAGGUCGCAUGGCUGCGAGCCUCCGACCAGACGGUUCUGACGGUCCACACGAGAACGGUGACGCACAAUGCGCGUAUCUCGGUCUCCUACGAGACCGGCAGUAAUUCCGGCUCCGGUGCUACGUCCGGCGCCUUCGGUGUGACAGGAAGUAGCCAAGUUACGGAGGAAGUCGUCAAUGGCACGUGGCGCUUGCACAUUCGUCAGCUGAAGGAGUCCGACAGGGAUUGCUACAUGUGCCAGAUCAACACCAGUCCAAUGAAAUCCGAGUUGGGUUGCGUCGACAUACUUGUUCCACCGGACAUAGUAUACGGAGGUGAGACCACCGCGGAUCUAGCAGUUUCGGAGGGUGACAACGCGACCUUGAGCUGCAGAGCAACCGGUCGACCAACUCCGAGAGUGUCAUGGCGACGAGAGAAGAACGAGCCCAUUUUCAUAAGGGCCUCUUCUACUGGUGGAAGCACUUUCGAGAAGCACGAGAACUACAACGGUUCCCUCCUGCAAUUCCAUCGCGUCGAGAGACGACAAAUGGGGGUGUAUCUCUGCAUCGCCAGCAACGACGUGCCGCCGGCCGUUAGCAAGCGAGUGAUGCUCGCCGUGAAUUUCGCACCCACCGUGACGGUACCCAAUCAGCUAUUAGGCGCACCCUUGGGCACCGAGGUAACAUUGAAGUGUUACGUCGAGGCUUUCCCAAAUACGAUUAAUUAUUGGGUGAAAAAUCAUCGUGGGACGAACGACGAGAUGCUGCUAGAGGGACCGAAGUACAGCGUUCGCGAGGAACGAUCGGGCUAUAAAGUCCUAAUGGAGUUGGCGAUCAAAGGAUUCACGGAACAGGAUGUGGGGAGCUACAAAUGCAUCUCUACUAACAGUCUUGGCCGGGCCGAUGGUACCUUAAGAUUGUAUGAGAUCAAAAUCGGCUUUGACAGAACGUCUCGUGGGAAGGACCACGUGUCUAUCAUAGGCGGUUUAGCAGAAGCUGCUCAAAGUUCCGGGGCGAGCAAUGCCGGUGGAAGGGCUCCGGGAUACACUAACAGCUUGUCGCAUAUUCUUUCGAUGUUUCUCUUCAUACCAGUACUCUGGCCACGGUGAAGAAGGCAUCCUUUCUUGUUCACUGCAAAGUUGCUGAGUACCGGAUGAUUGUGUGCCAAAAAGAGGUUUCUCCAAAAGGCGAAAAAUACGCGAAAUUGUCGUUCGAGCACGAGGAGUGUGCGUGCGUGCGUGCGUGCGUGCGUGCGUGCGUGCGUGCGUGUGUGUGUGUGUGUGUAUUUGUGUGUAUGUAAAAGAAAAAAGCAAGAAGGAGCCAGGAAACGCGAAGAAUGAGAGAGAGCGAGAGAGAGCGAGAGAGAGAAAGAGAGAGAGAGAGAGAGAGAGAGAGAGAGAGAAAGCAAGCAUAAGAAAGGCUCUUCCUAUCUUCCUUUUCCUACUCCCACGCGCCGAACGAGGAGUCUUAGGUCAAUGGAUGUUUGUCAGUGUACGCGUCUCGACGUAGAUUUGCAAAUCGCCAAGAAUCAGUGAGAAGAUCGCGAUAAGCGAUGAUAAGCUAUAUAGCUCUCGUGGGAGGGAGAGAAAACUCGCCGCCAAAAGGGGAUCGUGCGAUCAUGCUUGGUCCUUUUUUAAUCAUGCUUAAAUAAACAAAUUGUCGAUAAUAAUUAAACGAUCAUUUUGUCAUUGGUAUAAGCGCUGGAGACGUUUUAGACGUCUCGGAAAUCGAUGUUUCGAAAUAAAAAAGAAAAGAAAAAAUAAA